CCCUCUGUACUCAUUUCAUUGCGAGCUGAGAUUUGUAGUUAUGACUGCAGAAGCCCAGUAGUUCAAACGACCCGUCAGUGCACAAUGGCAGAAUUUCACCAUUUAGAUUUUGAAAUCACCUCUUUAGAAGACUAUAUUUCUUCUUUGGACUUUUCCACUCUUCCAAGAAUUCUGGAGAUCCACUCUGGAGUUUAUUUUCAAGGAUCAGUCUACGAAAUAUCAGGAAAUGAAUGCUGUUUGUCAACAGGAGAGUUUAUUAAAAUAAUUCACGUCGAGCUGCAGAAAAUUGUCUGUGAAAGAGUGGGCGAUAAAUCCAAAUUCAACCUCCCACUAAACUACUCAGGGAGCUUCAAGCUUAUUCCUGAAGAAUUUCCUUUCAGCUCAAUUGAAGAAAUAAUUAAGUCAAGAGAAAUUAAGCAAGGUGGCUCAGAAGUAAUCACUUUUCAGUCCAUGACUGAUAUUGUCACUGAGCAUUAUGCUGUUAAGAAGGGAGAUCCUGUAACAAUCAUUUCAACAACGCUCUAUGAGGAACAGAUGUAUGCGGAUUGCACCGUCAACAGCAGUUCGGAGCAAUACCAUGUUUGGCUUCCACUUAUGCUAAAAGGGCAGUUUAUUGAAUGUGAAAUUGACAAAUUGUACACAGUCAAGGAAAUCGUUGAAUCAAAGACUCUAAUAACAAGGAGAGUAAAAUUAGUUGAAACUGGAGGAGCCUGCAUACCCAGUCAUCUUAAUGGGGAACUGAUCAUUUCACCAGUAUAUGAAAUUCAAGCAAUUAUGAAUUUCAGAAAAGAGAUCGUGAAAAUACCCUCAACUUUGGAAGUUGACGUGAGGGACGUCACGGAGGAACAGAAAGAUCUUACAUUCAUCAAACCAUUGUCAUUGACUGAUAUUUCAAACCAACCUCAAGACAUGUUUCCAAUAACCGCUGAGAUUUUGGAUGCCCCAGACCUACAGGUUCCUUUCAAAGCUGAAUGGUUCAGUCUACUUAGAAAGGGCAAAAAUAUAAUAAUUUUCAAGAAAGUGGUGUUGAAGCAAAUUCUUGCGACGUCAGUGCACAAGAAGAUUUCUCAUCAUUUUCUAAUCUCUGAACAUUAUAAGGGAACUUUCAAAAGACGUCCAAGGGAGUUUCCAACUGUAUUUGAUCUCGGCAACGCCAUAACCCAAGAAGACCCAUUACACAUCGUGGUUACAAAGGACUGCACAUGGAAUGAAGAUGAAUUAUCUUCUCUCUGUGUUGGGGACCGCUUGGUUACCAUGUUUAAGAGUACUUCGCAAAUGGCUGUUGAUGGUGUCCUUCAGAAAUUGGAUGUGGUUGUGUGCAGCAAGGUCCCAGAGGAUGAUGAGGAUGAGGAUGAGGAGGAGGAGGAGGGGGAUGCAGGUCAGCUUCUAAUGCUUCCCCUUUACCUGGAGGGUCGAUUUGUAGAAGAAAUUCAUGACACAAAGAAAUACAAAAUCUCAGAAAUAUUUGAAAAAUUCAAACUCCCUUUACAAGUCAAGGUCACAUCUAAAGAUCCUUUCUUACGGAAUGACACCUUGACAUCCUUCCCAACAAUCAGACUGGAGGAGAUCAUUGAGAUGCCUACUUUAAUUGCCAGCUCUCUGGACAAUCCUUCUGAGUGCUUCUCAAUCCCAGUAGAAUGGGUGACUAUGACCGUCCAAGUCUUGGAAGGCUAUGGCGGAGAAGACUGCUGCUACGAACGCGUGGCCACAGUAGAAGAGCUAACCAACUCCAUGUACUAUGACCUGUUGAAAAGGUCUACUUCGACUCAGUGUCCUCCACCUCGGCCUCCUAAACGACUUAGCAAAGGAACUCUCUCAGUAGCAUCUACCCCGGUUAAAAAUCCUCCUAAAUCUCCUCUUCCGGACAACAAUCAGCUCAAACCACCCUCGCUUCCUGAGAGAACACAUGUCUCUCCAAAAUCUAACACUGCAGCCAAGAGCAAGACAUUGCCAUCAGGAAAACUCUUUUCCAAGCAACAUGCAGAAGCUACUCCUAAUGAAUACACAAAAGCCCAAAAAAGGGAAAAAAAGAAAACUCCUAAACUUCCUGAAGCAGAGAAAUUAAGCCGCGAAUCUGGCCAUGAUUAUGAAAGUUUGGACGAAGUUGCUCCAAGGGCCUUAUGUAAAGCAAGACAGAUUCCUUCCAAUGAAAUGACAGAAGAGUUGGACGUUGACGGUGACCAUGACUAUGAACAGGUAGAAGAAGCCAACCUAACAGCUCUACAUACAAUGAGAAUAUGGACACCAUAGCUUUUGAAAAAUGAGCAACCUAGGGAUGCCUGAGGACUGGAGGAUGAACAGCUUCUGAGGAAACUGCACUGAAAUGACUGAACCCAAAGUAUGAUAAAUAAUAAUUUGGAAAGAUUUUUUUUGAAGAUGAAGUAAAGAAAACAACUUUCACUUCCAGAGCUAUAGAAAUGUAUAUUUUGACAAUGUCAAAUUUAUCCAUUUCAACAUUUCUGUGUUACAAUAUGGAUGGCAAUGAAACAGGGACGCUGGUUUGCAUCUUUACCAUCAAGUUUUCAGUCAUGCCCUUCGCGGUUGAUCCCCCACCUUGAUUGUUAGUACUAAAAUUGUUUCUCACAAUAUUGUAUAAAAGUCAUAGGCAUAUAUAUUAUAGAGCUUAAGACUUUUGCACAGUACUGUAGUGAUUUUAUGUAUUGCACUGUACUGCUGCCACAAAAAAAACAAAUUUCAUGACGUGUGAAUGAUGAUAUUCCUGUUUCUGAUAGGGGUCUCCAUUGUGGAUUGAGAAAGGGAAGGGGGCAGGGAGAGGGGAAUCAAGGUUGGGGAGAAGGGAGAGAGUGGGAAACACCAGAAAGACAUUCUAUAAUGAUCAAUAAACCAAUUGUUUGGAACCAAAUAACCUUGCCUAGUAUCUCAGAUCUGGGUGUGUCUGCACCUGUGCCACCACCCUGGCACUCUUCUGCCACCUGUCCCACAACCCUAGGGUGCCUAAGACUUUUGCACAGUACUAUCAAUACCUCCUGCUCUUGAUAGUCCAUAGCACUACAUGGAUGCCUAGUUAUGAACUACUCUGUCUGUUCUAUCCCACAGGAUAUGAUGAAAGGUGUCCUUGGUUGAAGAUAAGAAUUUACUUCUGCUCUGUCUUGCUAACAGCACACUUACACAGGAAAGCAAUUGUGUCAUUUUUCUUCUCAAUAGAAAACAUGCAUGAGUCAGAGGAAUACUUUGUAAUACAUCAUUAUCCUUAAAAGAUAGUUAAAAGAAACAUGAAUGGUACUUGCCCUGGGAUGACUUGCACCAUCCAUUCAAAAGACAAAGGCAGAGCAUUUUGUAAUGCAUCUGCUCAGUUUUGCCCGUAUGUCCAUGAUAACUGUUUUGAAAUAGUUUCCAUCACCAUUCUCUUACAUUUUAUUUUGUUUUUGCUGAAAUCCAGCAGGAAGUAUUUACAUGUAUGUGUAAUGUCCUGGUUAAGAUUUAUACCGAUAUACUGUAGGUAUUUCAUUUAGCAGCUUUCUGCAAAAGUAGUGUCUCCUGUUGGUAGAAUGUUUUGGUUUCGGCUAGAGAUAAGAUGCCUUGUUGUUCAACUUUGGAUGACACAACAUUCCUAUCCGGAUGGUGGGAGUGUGAGAAAGUGGGCCGGAGAGAGUUUGGUGACAGACAGUGGUCUGGUUUGCAGAUCUCCUGGUAGGAACUGUAGAGGACGGAGGGGAGGAAUGCCGUUGGAAGAGUUCCCCACUUUUUUUUUACAAAACUAUAAAAGUUUAUUUACAACUCAUACACAAGGUACAGACAAUCAAUAUUUACAAUACAGUAAGUAUACUCAAAUUAAAAUAUGGUUACCACCAUCUAUAGAACAGUCAAUACCUGGGGUGGGGGCACCACUCACGGAAGUCCCCGAAUGUGCCCGCCGUGACCGCAUGCUCCCUUUCCAAAGGCACAAACGUAUCCUCGGAAAAGGGGCAUGCAGUCGGCCCGGGCAAUGCCCUUUAAUUUCCAUCGCCUAGACCCAUGAUGGCCACCUAGGCCAGACCCAGGACCAAGCCUACCAGGAGAUGCUCCUAACGCCCUGUCCCCUCCCAAACUGGAUGCCCGUAUAUGAGGAGCGUGAGACUAGUGCAUCCAGAACUUCAGCAGCAGCUCCCUGAUAAACUCAAAGAGCGGCUGCAACCUCUCACAUUCCGUGUACGCAUGGUACACUGACUCCUCCUGUCCACAGAAUGGACAGCUGGACGGGGAGUCAGUGAACCUGCUCAAGAAUCUCUUGUACGGUACUGCCCGAUGCAACACCUUCCACCUCAGGUCCCCAAGAAGAGUCCCCAUGGCACAAAGUGCUUUGUGCAGAUGAAUGGCUUCAAGGAGGAAGGACCAAUACUCCUGUGUGAGAGAGAGGAAAGAGGAGAGAGGGCUCAUUUGUUCGAGAUGGAUUUCCAACAAAAUUCGGAAUGUGGUGUAGACUGUAGGUCCAGCGGGUGAAUAAACGAUGACUGCAGUACAAGCUCCAAUGGUCAUUGUGCACAUUGGACUGGUUUAACUGUAAUGGAACCUUGUACUUUUUCUUUCUCUUUCCUAUUAACGGUUUGAUAAAGCUGAAAUUUGUAAAUAUACUUUAUAAUUUUUAUGCUGUGUGCGAUUAUUUUUUGUGUGAAGAUGAUAUCCUUCAGAUUUUAGUACAAAUAUGCAUGGCUGGUAUUAAGUAGUCAGCAAUCCAUAACUUAAGUUUAAUGUUGUACUCUGACCACAAUUACAAGUUUUAAUGAAGUUGUAUACCAUACAAUUGGCAAUAACAAACAGUUGCUUUGUAUUCCUUAAAAUAUGAAGAAUAUAUGAGCAGCAGCCAAUCAGCAAUCGGAAGCCUAAGAAGACAUGGCUCACUCAGGUUCGCAUAUUGAGUACAUAAGGCAUCAAUUCACAACAGUUUGGUGUUUGAGCAGUGGCGAAUCAGCAAUUGGGAUUCACUGGCAAGAACAAAUCAAAAUAAGGUGGGCAAGUGGAGCAGCCUUUGCUGGAGUGGACAGUGUUAGAGUGGUUAUUGAGGCUUUAGCUCUUCAAGGCUUCAGCGAGGAAAGGCUUGAGUGAGGGAAGGCGAAAAAGCUGCAGGUAUAUAUUUUUCCAUUUAAUUAUUGUUUCCUUCUUUAUAUUUGCACAGUUAGAACAGCAGGGAUGUCAAGCUGGAUAGUGGAAUGCUCCUCUUGUGGGAUGGAGACCUCCAGCAUCCCUGACAGUUUCACCUGCAGGAAGUGCAUCCAGCUGCAGCUUCUAGCUCUUCACAUUAAAGAGUUGGAGCUGGAACUGGAUGAACUCCAGAUCAUUCGGGAGGCUGAGGGGGUGAUAGGACAUAGAAAGAGGUAGUUACAUCUAAGGUGUAGGACACAGGAGACUGGGGACAGUCAGGAAGGGCAGAAAGGUUAACAGCCAGUGAAGAGUACCCCUGUGGCCAUACACCUCAGCAACAGGUAUACCACUUUGGAUACUAUUGGGAGUGAAUGACCUAGCAGAGGAAAGUCACAGCAUUCAGGUCUCUGACACUGAGCCUGACUGUGUCACCGAAGGGAUGUGGGGAGAAGUGAGCUGUGGUGAUAGGGGAUUUGUUAGGGGGACAGAAAGCUGGUUCUGUGGAUAAGAUUAAGAUUCCCAGAUGUUAUGUUGCCUCCUGGGUGCUAGGAUCCAGGACAUCUUGGAAGUCCUCAGCAUUCUAAAGUGGGAAGGUGAGCAGACAGAGGUUGUGGUUCAUAUAGAUGCCAAUGACAUAGGUAGGAAGAGGGAUCAGGUUUUGCAAAGUGAGUUCAGGGAGUUAAGUGUUAACUAACUAUAGGGUUGUGAUCUCAGGUUUGCUACCCAUGCCAUGUGCUAGUGAAGCCAGAAAAAAGGUCAUACAAUUUAACAAGUGGUCGAGGAGUUGGUGUAAGAGGGAGAGCAUCAGAUUUUUGGAUCAUUGGGCUCUCUGCCAGAGACAGAUUGCACCUGAACUGGAGGGAUCUAAUAUCCUAGCAGGAAGAUUUAUUAAUUCUGCACAGGGAGAGGUUUAGAGUUGCAGGAAUGAGAACCAGAGUGCCAGAACAGAUAGUAGAGUGGUUGUGGAGAUAGAUGUUAAGACCUCAAAGAAAGUCAGGAAUCAAAAGUUACCAUAUGGUGUGACUAAUAUUCUGAACUGUGUAUAGUUCAAAGCAAGAAAUAUUGUAGGAAAGGCAGAUGAGCUCAGGGUAUGGAUCAAAACAUGGAAUUAUGAUAUUGCAGCCAUUAGUGAGACUUGGUUAAAGGGGCCAUGAUUGGCAGCUCCAUAUUCCGGAGUUCUGUUGUUUUAGACAUGACAGAGUGGAAGGGAUUAAAGGGGGAAGGGUGGCGUUACUAGUCAGGGAAAAUGCCAUGGCAGUGCUCAGUCAGGGCAAACUGGAGAACUCGUCUACUGAGCUCUCAUGGGUGGAACUACAGAAUAAGAAAGGUAUAACCACAUUAAUGGGGCUUAUUAUAGACCACCCAACAAGUCCACAGGAUUUAGAGGAACAAAUUUGUAGAUAUCGCAGACUAUUGCAAGAAACACAUGGGUUGUUAUAUGGUCCUCCAUCAAAUGUGCCCUCAACCGCAUCUCUUUCAUUUCACGCAAGUCUGCCCUCACCCCAUCAGGGGUGAGGUUCCUCUUGUCCUCACGUACCACCCCACCAGCCUCCGCCUCCUGCACAUACUUCUCUGUA